AACGACUUGUGUUACGUUGCAUUAAUGUGACGUUGUAUAAGCCACUCCGCAAUAACGAUUAGGAAACACCUCCUCAAUCAUCACAAACUGGAUUUCAAAAUAUUAUCCCUAGCUCACCUUCUCUUCAUCUUCACUCGAAGGUAUUUACAAUAAAACCAGCUACGUGUCGUUACCAGAGAUGGUCCGCCGUAGCUUGAUGGCACUGCUGAAGAUGUGCGGUGGGCAUUCCGGUUCCGGUGGAGAAAUAUCAUCCGAAGAUGGCUUAGAUGGUGGAGACCGUGGCAUCUUCUUCAGUCUCCAAGAACUUGAAGUUGCCACUGAUUUCUUCUCCGAGAAGAACCGGCUCGGAACCGGCGGAUUUGGCCCUGUCUACAAGGGAUCGAUGCCGAAUGGUGAAGAAAUAGCAGUGAAGAAGCUAUCAGUGGAUUCGAGACAAGGGUCUAGAGAAUUCACCAACGAGGUUAAGCUCUUGCUUAGGAUUCAACAUAAGAACUUGGUUUCGUUACUGGGUUGUUGCUUCCAUGGUCCUGAGAAGAUGCUGGUUUACGAGUAUCUCCCUAACCGGAGUCUUGACUACUUUCUCUUUGAUAAGAUCAAGCCCGGUUCACUUGGCUGGGACCAUCGAUGGCGAAUCAUUAUAGGAGUGGCGAGAGGACUGUUGUAUCUACACGAAGAAGCUCCGAUACGGAUAAUCCAUAGGGAUAUAAAAGCCAGCAACAUUCUUUUAGAUAAUAAUUUGAACCCGAAGAUCUCGGAUUUUGGUUUGGCCCGGUUAUUCCCAGGCGACGGCACUCAUACCAAUACCUCUAGAAUCUCUGGUACUUUUGGCUAUAUGGCUCCUGAGUAUGCGUUGCAUGGGCUUUUAUCGGUCAAGUCAGAUGUUUUUAGUUAUGGAGUCUUGGUUUUGGAAAUAGUUAGCGGAAGAAAGAACCAAAAUCCUCGUCUUGGACCAGAAAUGGCUGAUCUCUUGAGCUAUGCGUGGAAAAUAUAUCAAGAAGGAAAAAUUCUGGAAUUGAUGGAUCAAUCUCUAGCAGGAGUAUACAACCGCGACGAAGCAGCUACAUGUUUCAUCAUAGGAUUACUGUGUUGCCAGCAGUUCACAUCCAACAGACCGGAUAUAAACACGGUUCAUCAAAUGUUGUCGAGCGAUUCAUUUGAUUUGCCUAAACCCGGUCGGCCUGGACUCCAAGGUCGUAGAGGAGGCGGCUAUACAAGUACCGGGGCCGGUACAGGAGCCGGUUCAAGAACUUUUGGAUUAAACGGAAGCGAACCAAACAGUUUUAAGAGUAGAAGAAGUAGUGGAGGAGGAGCGGCUGGACAGGAUAGCAUCGUUGAGGAGCACUCGAGGAACUCCAUCUCCAUGUCUUCCUUCGCCGAAGGAAGAUGAACAAAACAUGUAAAUGCACCCAUAUUUACGUGUAUAUUAUAGAGAGACAAAGAAGAGGACCUUUUAUGUCAUAUGUCUAUGGAUCGUUAUAUUUGAGAUCUUAAUAUAUUCUGAUAUGAAUUAGCAACAAAAUUAAAGAAAAUAUGUUUUUCGAAC